AUGGAAAUAAAUCAAAUUAAUAAUUUAUUAUUGAAAGAAAAUAUACAUAAAUUAUUAGAAAUGUGUGCUUCAACAACUAACAAAGGAAUAUGUGCUUCAGAUUUGACAGAAAUAUUUUGUAAACUUGAAGAUUGUAAUCAAUCAAAGUUGACAAUUGGAAUGUUUUUUGAAUUUAUGAAACUUGCAUAUCAAGUUAAUAAUAAUUGUGAAAAUUUAACUACAAUAUUGACUUCAAUAAAUAAGAUUGAUUGGAGUAAAUUAGCAAAAAUUGAUUUAGAUUGUACUACACAAAAUUAUAAUAGCACAGAUGAAAAAUAUAUUAAUAGUGAUGUCAUGCAGAAACAUAAAAGUACUAAUGCAACAAAAGAAAUUUCAUCUGAAACAAAUAAUACCAAUAUUAAAUAUUCUGUACAUUGCAUUGUACCUUCAGAUGCAAAGUUUAAAAAUGAAUCAAUAGAUAUUUAUAAUCAAAAUUUAAUAACUGAUUUUGAAAAAUGCAAUCAAGUAGGGGAAACUUCAUUACAAGUAGAAGAUGCAAAGAUUAUAAAAUCUGUAGAUACAACUAAAAAUUUGUUAAUUACCUUAAUGAAGACAAAUUUAAGUGAUGUAUUACAUGAAGGUUUAUUAGAUUCUGUAUUGCCAUAUAUGAUUCCAAAACCUACUAUUUCACAACCUAUUAUUAAAAAAUCUAUUACAAAUACUGAAGUAAAGAAAAGUAAUUCAUUAAGUAAUAAUAUUGAAACAAGAACGAUUACAAAUGUUGCACAUAAAGAAAAAGAUAAGAAAUUGAGUAAAAGAUCAAUUGACAAUGAAGUGGAAAUUCAUGUUUGCGAUGAAGAAAAGAAUAUUAAAAAAAAUUUCCGUUGCCCUCAAAAACUUCUUAUUCAAAAAAUGCGUUAUUUUGCUGAUGUGACAGCAGGUCAAAAAUUGGAAGAAAUAGAUAUAUCAGUUCAUUGUGAUGUUACAAUUUUUGAUUGGUUAAUGAGAUGGGUGAAAAAAGAUAUUAUAAAAAAAUCAGAAUGGCCAAUUUUGGAAAUUAAUAAUGUUAUUCCAAUAAUGGUGUCAGCAUCUUUUUUACAAAUGGAACCAUUAUUAGAAAGUUGCUUACAAUAUUGUCAUGAUAAUAUGUCUGAUAUAUUGAAAACAUCAACAGUUUUAACUGGUUUAGAUGAUAAUCUUUUAAUAAGAUUAGUAGAACAAUUUACAAAUGAAGAUGUUGAAGCAUUGAAAGAUAAAAAAGAUAAAAUUCAAAGUAAAUUAUUUUGUAAAUUGAUUAUGUCUCUUGUUGAAGUAAUGCCAGAUAACAAAAAAGGACAUUAUAGUUCUUUAGCAACAUUAUUUAAAUGUAGUAAAUGUGGGAAAAAUAUUAUUCAAUCAGUUUCUAAUUAUGUACCAUGUAUUUCAAGUGCAAUGAAAAUUGAUAAUUAUGGAAAUAUUCAUAGUAAACACAUAAGAGAUUUAACAUGGACUUUAAAUGAUUACAUUAUUACUCUUCGAACGGAGUUACGUUCGUGGCGUAAAGUUUAUUGGAGGUUGUGGGGUGAUUGUCAUUUUUUAUUUUGUACACAGUGUAAUAUAUAUUUUCCAAUUCAUCAAUAUGAAUGGUGCUGCUAUCAUGCAGAAUUUCCACAAUUUUUUAUUAAUGAACAACAGCGACCUAUACCAUUUCCUUUAGGCAGAUACCCUUGUUGUAGUCAAAGAGCAUAUAAAUUUGAAGUAUUACCAAAUCACGAAGGUUGUAGGUAUAGGGAACAUAUCCCAGAUAUUAGGACACAAAGAGAUAUAAGUAUAUUGAAUAUUUUUACAGUACAUAGAGAAGUAAUAGUUAUGGAACCACCACAAUUAUUUUUCCCAGAAAAAAUUACUAGACUAGUAGCUCGUGAUGUAUCACUUCAACCAGGAAAAUUAAUGUGCAAAGAUGUAAUGUGGUGGGUUGGUUUAGAAAUUGCUCCACCUCGACCAAAACUUGGACUUUUAGGAAAAAUUUGGAGUGGAUCAGGAUUUCGACGUUUAUCCCAAAUGCAAGAUUUACAAAAAUCAUUACAAAAAAUUCGUCAGCAAGUUUCUAUUACAACUGAUACUUCAUCAAUUACAUCUUCGAUAACAGAUAGUGAUAUAGAUGAUGGUAUUACAACUUAUGAAAAUACUAGCAUUGAUGAAGAAUCAAAUCAAAGUGAAGAAUCUCAUGCAUGGUCUUCAUUAAAAUCAAAAAAUAAAAUUAAAAAAAAAUUUAGAAAUGAAAUAAUGUGGAGAAAUAAUGGUCGAUCUUGGAGUGGUAAUUUAAAUGUAAGACAUAAUCAAGAUAAUCAAAGAGAUUUCGAAGAAAGUGCAGCUUUACAAAUGAUAGCACUUCUAACAAAAAGAAUAUCUGCAGAUUCUUCUUCAUUAUUUAAAUCGUCUAAUAAACAUAAUCGGAUAAAAAAACAAUUAAAUGCAGGAGGGAUUUAUACAAAAUUGGAAACUGAACUUCGUGAUCAACUAAAUCAGUCUUAUAAAAAUAAAAAUAUAACUGGGAAGUAUUUUCUACGUUCAAAAUUAAAUAAAUCAUAAGUAUUUCAGACUAGUAUAAUUGUUAUUAAAUGUUUUGU